CCAGAUAUGCAAGAUGACAAGGAAAGAAUUAAAAAGUAUGGAGCUUUUAUACGUACUCUUCCAGGGGUCAACCGAGCAACAUUGGCAGCUAUAAUUGAACACUUGUACAGGGUUCAGAAAUGCUCAGAAAUCAAUCACAUGAAUGCCCAUAACUUGGCCUUGGUCUUCUCAUCCUGUUUGUUUCAAACUAAGGGACAAACUAGUGAAGAAGUGAAUGUAAUCGAGGACCUAAUUAAUAAUUAUGUUGAAAUAUUUGAGGUUAAAGAAGAUCAAGUCAGACAAAUGGACAUAGAAAAUAGCUUUAUUACCAAGUGGAAAGACACUCAAGUUUCCCAGGCUGGAGAUUUGCUAAUUGAAGUGUAUGUAGGAAGGAAGCAACCCGACUGCAGUAUUAUAAUUCGGAUAUCUCCUGUGAUGGAAGCAGAAGAAUUAACUAAUGAUAUAUUAGCAAUAAAAAAUAUCAUUCCCACAAAAGGGGAUAUUUGGGCCACAUUUGAAGUUAUUGAAAAUGAAGAGCUGGAGCGCCCUCUUCACUACACAGAAAAUGUACUGGAACAGGUGCUUCGGUGGAGCUCAUUAGCUGAACCCGGCUCUGCGUAUCUUGUGGUGAAGAGAUUCUUAACCAUUGACACAAUCAAACGCUACAGUGAGAGGAGUGCCCUGGAAAGUAUCAAAGAAGGAGUCUUGAAAAUCAAAGAAGAACCCUCUAAAAUACUGUCUGGAAAUAAGUUUCAAGACCGUUAUUUUGUUUUACGAGAUGGAUAUCUUUUUCUCUACAAGGAUGUGAAGAGUAAUAAACAUGACAAAAUGUUUUCUCUCAGUUCAAUGAGGUUUUAUCUUGGAGUAAAAAAGAAAAUGAAGCCUCCAACAAGUUGGGGAUUGACCGCAUAUUCUGAAAAACAUCACUGGCACCUGUGUUGUGAUAGUUCACAAACUCAGAUGGAGUGGAUGGCCAGUGUCUUUAUUGCUCAGCAUGAAAAUGAUAUAUGGCCACCAGCUGGGAAGGAACGAAAACGUUCGAUAACCAAAAAUCCCAAAAUCGGAGGUUUGCCUCUAAUUCCCAUCCAGCAUGAGAGAAAUGCAUCCCAAGCCGGGAGAAAUAUUGAGAGUGCAAGAGCAGAACUUGAAAGGCUGCGGCUCAGUGAGAAGCGUGAUAAAGAGCUCGUGGACCCCAGCUUAAAGGAGAGAGCCUCCAUUGUGGCCCACUGCCUGGAACACAAGGAAGAAAAACUUCAAAAUCGAACCAGAAAGCAUCGGAGUUUCAACUGCCUGGAGGACACAGAGGUGGAAGUCCCGAAUGGGCAACAAAAAGGCCAUAAAGGCAUAAAGACAUUGAGGAAGACUGAGGACAGGAAUAGGAAAGCUACUUUGGACUCUGACCAUAAGUUACCAUCAAAGGUAAUUGAAGAACUUAGUGUGGUUCUACAACAGUCAAGAACCCUUCCAAGAGAGUUACACGGGGAGCAGAUUUUGCAGAAAGAAAUAAAAUGAAUUGUCCUACAAAUUAUUUUUUGUUUCAAUAUUGUAUACAAUGUGUGUAAACCAGAAACCAAACUAUAAUUCAUGAGAAUUUAUCUGUCUAUUCUUAAGAAAUUUGUCUAUACUUAAGCAUUUAAAGAGCAUUUAAAAAUAUGUAUAUAUGUAAGUGUAAGAUUAACUUUAUUUUGUUCUGAUCAAAAAGCUUGUAAAGUUUACUUGUACUAUAUUAACCUUGUGUAAGAAGGUGUUGGGUUACUUUAAGUCAACCCUUUUAAAGUAGUUGUCUGUUAGGUUGUGUAAUUUAUGAACAGAAAUCUCAACCUGUACUGUAUUGUAUAAAGUUCUGUGUUUAAAUGAAUCUAUGAAACUGUAACAUAUUGUGCACUUUGAGAAACCUUGUAUAUUAAGUUACUAUAUGUUUUGGGGGUUAUAUAGGGUAGGGCCCACUUUAGGGGAAAAAAGGGAAGUAAAUUGAAAAGGGGGAUGAUUUAUUUUAGUGGCUGCCUGACAACACUGAAGUUUUAAAAAGAAGCAAAUGAGUUAACAAAUAUCCAAAAAACCAAGGAGGUGUGUUUAGAUUCAUUCUACUUCACUAAUGACCAGAACUAGUUCAUAAGAAACUGCUUGUUAAGAAAAAAGUCCAGUAUCUAAGUAUUUCCCAACAGUAAAAUUCAGCCAGAGGACAUGAAUAAUGGCACUGGCCACUCUUACUUAGGGUGUUAGUGAACUGGCCACAACAUGCGUUCACUACACUUGAGCUUUUCGUUGGUGGCUGCUAAGAGGAAACUUACACUGCAUUGGAGAGAUUGUGUGCACAGGACCAGGCACGGAUGCCAUUUGCACUGUCACCAUAUGCAAGCAAAUUUUUUAGAAUUCUAAUUAUACUUUUAUUACAAACAGAAUUCAUCAUUACAGGGUCCUGUUGCUGUUGUUGUUUUGUUUGAUUUGGGGUUGUUUCAUAUUGUGUGUUUAUUUCUUGUUAUUUUAAGAAAAGUUGUAAUAUCUUUCUAAACUGUCAGAAUUAACUGGAAUGGCACAACCUAUGGCCACUUGGGGAUGGGGAGGGCUCUUUUAACUCUACUGCACAUUUGGAGGCUACUGGUUCACAUUUAAUAGAGUUUUUUUUUUUUUUUUAGUGAAGUAGUGGUCACUUCCCUGUACUCAUGAAUAAUGACAAAGCCCUCUAUUUUUAUUUCCACAUAACGAUCAAUUACUGAAUUGGUAAUUUUCCAAAGACAACAAUACUAUCUAAUUACAAGCCAUGUUAGGGGCAACACUGUUCAUCAAUUUCUUUCAAAUUGUAUUAGGUUUGAUGAGUACUGAUAUUAAAAAUUAUGCAGUUAAGCUUUAUUCCUAGUAAUUCAUUUUUCCCUCUAUUUUUUACUUAUUUUUAUCAGAAUUUGUCUAUAUAUAAAGAUCCAUACUUCUGUCAGUACAAUCAUAGUACAGUAAUGUGCUAUUAAAUGCUAUGAAUUUCUUUAUUGUAAAAUACCACUUGGUGAUAAAAUAGUUUUCCAUGGGAAUGUGGCAUUUGUUCUUUAAAUUCAAAUAAAUCGGAAUUAAAAAAAAAAAAACUGUAGGGCAGUUUAUAAAAUAGGUGUCAUUAUUGGGGAGCCUUUCUUUAAAGCAAGAAAUCAUGUUGUUUAGGAAUAAAAAACUAAUCUUAAAUAUACUAUUAUUUCUAAUAAGUAAUGACACAUAUUAUUAUGAAAUAAGGUAUGGAAAUUAGAAUGUUUGGCAAUGUUGGACAGUGGAAGUGUAGUUGGAGUUUUUACCUGCCUUAUUUGAAUUUUUCUUGAAACCUGUGCUUAACAUCUAAUAGCUUCCGUUUCCCAUCCUUUCCUGAACAAUUGUCUCCAUUUUUCAAAUAUAAGAUAAUGUCUAAUGAUGGAAUCUCACAUAUUUUGAGUAAAAAUUAAAAUUGUUUUACAAGUCCACCUGAA